GAUUCACUAUUGUGUGCCAUCCUUGAAUAUAAAAUCACCAUUUGUUUGAUUGGAUCUAGAUCCCGGAGAGUGGAGCUUUGUACACUACGGCUCCAACUGGAAGCUUCUCUAGGCUGCACCAGAAAACCCCCAUUCAGCUCCCUCGCCAGGUCUCCCUGGGAUCCGUGUUUUGCAUCGCUCCUCAAUUUGCAUUUCUUCCUCAGAUUUUCCGUGCGACGGGUCCAGCCGCUCGAAACCAGCGGGCGCUCCACGGCUGUAUUGUACAUGCGCCUCCAUUUCCAAAGCAAUACGCUCAGAAAGACCUCAGGAAAAUUUGAAUAAUGUUGCCGAAGCUUGUCGAGCGGGGAAAUUGAGGACAUUUUAAAUUAAUGUUAUUUCUGAUGCGCACCGACGGGGACCGACACGUGUCUUCGAGGUAAACAGAAAGGGCUAGAUCGUGUCAGCAGGUUACAUUGUUUUUUUCUUUUGUUUGUAAUAGCCGACCCAGUACAAGGUUGACGUCGAGCCAUUCAUUUUAGUUUGUGCGCCUUGGUGAUAAAGACGCCUUUGGAGAUGUCGGAAGUGCUGCCUUUCAACGAAGAAAAAAUGAGUCAUUAUGGAAAUGAGGGCGACGAGGGACACCUUUCCUUCACCUGUCGUCUUCAAGACACCAACAACUUCUUCAGUGGCUCACAGAAUAAACGCCCGCCGAAACUCGGACAAAUAGGCAGGAGCAAACGGGUUGUGAUCGAGGAUGAGAAUGGCGACAACGAAGCGCUGAAAAAUGGAACAGAGAAGACCCCUGCGGAGGCUUAGAGCGCUCUCCUCACCACCCCCAAAAGACACUCUUGAAAUUUUUUAUGGCGAUAUUUACCAAUUUUAAUCCAAAGACACUGUAUAUAAGCACUUUCUUUCAUGUGGCAGCAAGCAGUACUUCCACACCCUCCUCUCCCAGUCAGUCACGGCCAUCCGGGUGACACGCACUGGCAGGGGUGGGAGAUGGCAGCGAAAGAGACCCCCAGGUGGACCCCCCCAACACACACACGCACACACUCACACAUACAACCGCACACACCCUCGAUUAAAGGGUUUCGCCAUUAAUCCUAAAGCGGGAGAAGACAACAAGAGGGGGGGAAGGAGGUGGCGGAAGGAGGUGACGCUGUCGAAAUGCAGAAAUCAGGGACAGGAUACAGAAAUAAGCAUAAUCUAAAAACUAAAGCACACACUUCUCCUAUAUCUUAUCAAUCAAACCUAUGGUACCAUUCUUUCUGCUCUUCGUUUUGAUUGAGGGCAAAUGAAUAACAGUUUGUAAAUAUGGAAAGGGUAGCCCUUAUUUUCUUGCACAAAGUGAGAAGCGGUAAACUGGUUUGUUGUUCUCUGUCUGUACUGAAGACCUUAUUUAUUGACCCUUUGGAAUACGUCUUUUGCAGUGACUUAAGGCCUGAAGGAGUGUUUUUGUAUGUCGAUUAUAUUCUGACCGAAUGAAAGUGAUUUCCUUUUUUUUAAACUUAUGAUUCUCGAUGUUGCCUGAGUGUUUUUUGUUACCAUACCUUGCAGCUAAAAGUCAUUUAUAUACCGUGUACCUCCCACCUGUUUGUAAGCUUCCCAGGCUUUCACCUGGAUUGGUUGAUACUGUAACUUGACUGUACACACCCUAUUGAUAAACUAUUUAUAUUGCAUUGUGCAUUAUCGUGUGUGCCAAAUCUCAUGAGGGAUAUACUAUUCCGGACAACUUGUUCUUUUUUGUGCUUUAUACAUUUACUCAUACAGUUUAGUUGUUUUGUUUGGUUGCCAUUUUUUAGGGAUCUUUCUUAAACACUGAAGUACCAACUCAUGCAUGGCAAAUAUGGAAUCAUGCAUGCAUGGCAGAAGUUCUGAAACUCUUGUGUAUUCUUGAAACACCUCGUAUACAGCUUUGAAUGACAAACCUCGAGAAACAGUCUUAAUUCUGCGUUGUACUGUACGAUUCGCACUGAUUUGUACAGUGGCCUAAUAUCUUGUAAUAAAGAUUCUGACGAAGUA